AUGUUGCCUUGGUCAACCACGAUGUCAUCGCCACAAACGUCAGUGAGCAGUUCAGUAAUGCCCGCGUCAUCUGCAAUGUCACCGCCACAAAGUUCUGUGACCAGUUCGCUAAUGCCCUCCGUAACUGCACUGUCAUCGUCACAAAGUUCAGUGGCCGCUUUAGUUAUGUCUUCUUCAUCAGCAAUAGCACCGCUACAAACUUCAGUGAGCGACCCCGUAAUGCUUUCGUCAGCAAUAAUUUCACCGACACAAAGUUCAAUGAGUAAUUCCAUCAUGUAUUCAUCCGCAGCAGCGUCCCCUCAGCAAAGUUCAGUGGGUAGCUCAACAACGUCAUCGGUUCAAAGUACAGUGAGCAGUUCAGUGCUGGCUUCAACUACCACAAUGUCACCACUACAAGGUUCAGCGGCCAGUACACUAAUGUCAUCGCCGCAAAGUUCAGUCAGUAGUUCACUACUGCCCUCCUUAGCCACAAUGUCACCGUCACAAACUUCAGUGGUCGCUUCAGUUAUGUCCUCUUCAUUAACAACAGCACCGCUACAAACUUCAGUGAGCGGCCCCGUAAUGCUUUCGUCAGCAACAAUUUCGCCGACACAAAGUUCAAUGAGCAAUUCCAUAAUGUCUUCAUUAGCAGCAAUGUCUCCCCAACAAAGUUCAAUGGGUAGCUCAGCAAUGCUUGCAUCAGCAACGAUGUCAUCGGUUCAAAGUUUAGCGAGCAAUUCAUUAACGUCUUCAUCUGCCCCAAUAUCACCGCUACAAAGUUCAUUGAGUAGUUCAAUGCUGCCUUCGUCAACCACGAUGUUAUCGCCACAAAGUUCAGUGAGCAGUGCAGUAAUGCCUUCAUCAGAAACAAUGUCACCGCAGCAAAGUUUGGUUAGCAGUUCUACGUUUGGAUCGACUGCGGCGAUGUCACUGCAAUCCACAUCAAUGAGUGGUUCUAUGAUGGGUUCAACGGGAACAAUGGCAGCUGUGGUCGUGUCGGUAAGCACUUCAGUAAUUUCUCCAUCCGCAACAGUGGCAGUGCAGCAAACUUCGAUGAGUAGUUCUACGAUGGAUUCUUCGGCGACGAUGUCGCCUCAUCUUGGGUCAGGCGGUAGUUCAAUGAUGGGUUCAACGAUUGGAAUUACAUUUCAGGCAAGCUCAACGAUCGGCGGUGUGAUUGCGUCUAUGGCAUCACUAUCACUUCCGGUUUCCACGUCAACAAUGUCGCCGCAACAAGCAUGGGUCAGUAGUUCAACGAUGGGUUUAGCGGCAACAAUGUCAGUUCAACAAACGUCAAUGAGCAGUCCAAUGGCUUCAUCAGCAAUAAUAUCACUAGAACAGACAUCAUUAAGUAAUUUACUCAUGGGUUCAACGACAAUAGGAUCACCGCAACAAACGUCAAUGAAUAGUUCAGUGAUUGGUUCAACAGUAAUAAUGUCAUCUCAACCAACGUCACUGAGCAGUUUUAUGACCCCAGCCUUGUCUGGCUCCACGAUGUCGGCUCAACCUACAUUACUGAAUAUUUCUAUGAUGGGUCCGACAGCAACUAUGUCAUCGGAACCAACAACAUUGAACAGUUCAAUCGUGGGUUCAACAGUCCAGUUUUCUUCUCAAGCAGCGACGUCGUUUUCUGGUUUGAUGAUGAGUUCAACAGCAGCACCACAAACAUACUCCUCUGCGACCAAUCCAAUGUUUAGUUCAACUGUCACCGUACCAAGUCAAACAUAUUUUUGGAUGAGCAGUCCAAUGCUCCUUUCCACAGUUACAAUGUUAUCUGAAGCGAACUCUUCGAUGGGCGGCUCAGUCAUUAGUUCAACGGUCACAAUGCCGGCUCAGUCGUAUUCAUCGUUCGGAACUUCGGUGAUUAGUCCGACGGUGACGGGGGUGUCCGGCAGCAAUUUGUGGUCGCCCGUGAGUGUGGAGGACGUUCCUGGAACCGGAUUCUUCACUUUGAAUACUAAUGUUUUGAAUACCAGCGUCGAGUCGCAGUUGUCAUCUACAAUUAGUUCAGCGGGUGCGGGUGCAUCUGACACAGAAAGCGCAGGUAAAAUCGAGGUAUUAGAGAUCUGUUGUGCACCAUGA